UGUAAAACUUUAAUCUUCAAAAAAUUAACGGCAAAGUCAUACAUAAACGGGCGGUGUUAAUUAUAGAGAGAGUUUCAGAUUCACAUAUCGUAAACAAUCAAUGAGCCUUUGAACAUACUUAUGGUCUCAAAAGCAUUGUAACCUCACUAUUGACUGGUAUAAAUUAAGAGAGCUCAAAGCAAUGAAAGCAAUAUCCAAAACGUGAGUAAAUCUGAGUCGAGCAGAAUGGCCACCAUUGUUUCUCCUUCACAUUUCUCCCCUGUUGAAGAUGCUGAAAACAUCAAGAAGGCUUGUCAAGGAUGGGGUACCGAUGAAAAGGCCAUCAUAUCCAUCCUAGGACACCGGAAUUUGUUCCAGAGGAAACUCAUAAGACAAGCUUAUCAGGAGAUCUACCAUGAGGAUCUCAUUCACCAGCUCAAAUCUGAACUCUCUGGCGAUUUUGAGAGAGCUGUUUGCUUGUGGGUCUUGGAUCCUCCAGAGAGAGAUGCUCUCUUGGCUAACUUGGCUCUUCAAAAGCCUAUUCCUGACUACAAGGUUCUUGUCGAAAUUGCCUGCAUGAGAUCCCCUGAAGAUCUGUUAGCUGCUAGACGUGCUUACCGUUGCCUCUACAAGCGUUCUCUUGAGGAAGACUUGGCCUCCCGCACUAUUGGCGACAUCAGGAAACUCUUGGUUGCACUGGCGUCUGCCUAUAAAUAUGAUGGAGAGGAAAUUGAUGAGAUGCUGGCGCAGUCAGAGGCUGGGAUUCUUCAUGAUGAAAUCCUUGGUAAGGCUGUUGAACAUGAAGAAACGAUCAGGGUGUUAAGUACAAGGAGUAACAUGCAGCUUAGCGCAAUCUUCAAUCGCUACAAGGAUAUAUAUGGCAGAUCGAUCACUAAGGAUCUCCUCAAUCACCCUACAAAUGAGUACCUGAGUGCACUACGGGCAGCCAUCAGGUGCAUUAAAAACCCUACCCGGUAUUACUCAAAGGUUUUGCGCAACUCAAUCAAUACAGUGGGGACUGAUGAAGAUGCUCUGAACCGUGUGAUUGUCACACGAGCAGAAAAGGACCUGAAGAAGAUCAGUGAGCUGUAUCUCAAGCGGAACGAUGUGAGUCUCGAUCAAGCCAUAGCAAAAGAGACAUCAGGGGACUACAAGUCUUUUCUACUAGCCUUGCUAGGACAUGGAGAAACUUAGAGUUCAGCCUCAACUUAAAUAAAAC